GCUCCAGCUCGCUUGUUCCGAGGACAUCCACCAAUGGUCUGGGGGCGUGGGCGGGUCCACGACGAGUGCUGAGAUGCUAUUGGUGGAGACGCUGAUCAAACGUUCGCAGCAGAAGAAGAGGAUUUCACCGCUGAACUACAAAGAGCGGCUGUUUGUCCUCACCAGGACCAGGCUGUCCUACUACCAAGGAAGACCCAAGAAGAAAUGCAGGAGAGGCUCGAUCGAGCUGAGUCGCAUCAGGUGUGUUGAGAUCGUCAAGAACAGAGGAGGAUUCAUCCCCUGCCAGAACAAAUACCCCUUUCAGGUGGUGUACGAUACCAACACGCUCUAUGUUUUUGCUCCAAGUAACGACAGCAGAAGUCUCUGGGUUCAGAGCCUCAAAGAAGAGAUCAAAAACAACCCGGUGGUCUUGGCCAAGUUUCACCCACAGUUCUGGCAGGAAGGGGCGUGGCUUUGCUGUCGCCAGGUGGAGAAGCAGGCCAUCGGCUGCGAGGAGUACAACCUGUUUGGAGACAGUGCGUUUUCCAGAAAACCAUUACCCCCGGUUCCUGGAGAGCUGUGCACACCCUCUCCCCGUCUCCUCCCCCAAGCACCUGAGGAUGAUUAUUCAGAUGAAGAUGAAGAUGACAACGAAGAUGAGGAAGUGGUGGUGGCACUGUAUGAUUUCCUGGGCACCGAGCCACAUGACUUGUGUCUGGUGAAAGGAGACGAGUAUGUGAUCCUGGAGAAGUCAGACGUGAACUGGUACAGGGCGCACAACAAGUACGGCGAGGAGGGCUACAUCCCCAGUAACUAUGUAACAGAGAAACAAUCCGGAAACCUGGUGCAGUUUGCUUGGUACAGUAAACAAGUGAACAGGAACAAGGCGGAGGAGCUGCUGAGGAAGCAGGACAAAGAAGGAACCUUCAUUGUCAGAGACUCCAGCACUCCAGGAACCUACACCGUGUCUCUCUACGCCAAGUCUGCCAUAGGGCAGGGAGGGGCAGUUAUAAAGCAUUACCACAUCAAGGAGACUCACGGCUCACCUAAACAGUUCUACCUGUCUGAGAAACACCAGUUCAGCUCCAUCCCUGAACUGAUCGAGUACCACAAACACAAUGCAGCAGGCCUCGUGACCCGGCUGAGGUACCCCGCAGGAGAACAGGACAAGUCAGCUCCGUCCACCGCCGGCUUCAGCUACGAGAAGUGGGAGAUCAACCCCAGUGAGCUGACCUUCAUGAAGGAGGUGGGCAGCGGCCAGUUCGGCGUGGUGAAGCUCGGCAAGUGGAGGGCUCAGCACAAAGUGGCCAUCAAGACGAUGAGGGAGGGAGCCAUGUACGAGGAGGACUUCAUCGAGGAGGCCAAGAUCAUGAUGAGACUGUCCCACCCUAAUCUGGUGCAGCUGUAUGGUAUCUGCAGCCAGCAGCGGCCCGUUUACAUUGUCACAGAGUUCAUGGAGCACGGCUGCCUGCUGAGCUUCCUCCAGCAGCGGAGGGGCAGCUUCAGCCUGGGGUCUUUGCUGAGCAUGUGCCUGGACGUCAGUGAGGGCAUGGAGCACCUGGAGGCCAACAGCUUCAUCCACAGAGAUCUGGCUGCCAGGAACUGUUUGGUGAACGAGGCUCUGGUAGUGAAGGUAUCGGACUUCGGCAUGGCCAGGUACGUGUUAGACAACCAGUACACCAGCUCAUCAGCUAAGUUUCCUGUGAAGUGGUCAGCUCCUGAGGUGGUUAACUUCAGCAAAUACAGCAGCAAAUCGGACGUCUGGUCCUAUGGUGUGCUGAUGUGGGAGGUGUUUACAGAGGGUCGCAUGCCGUUCGAACAGCAUCAGAACCACGAGGUGGUUGCCUUGGUAACCCAGGGUCACCGCCUCUACCAGCCCAAACUGGCCACGCCUGCCAUCUACAACAUAAUGCAGCUCUGUUGGUACGAGAGACCGGAGGAGCGUCCGUCGUUCUUACAGCUUUGCAUGAUGAUCUCUGACACUCUGGAGGAUGACGACCUUCCCUCAAACUGACUGACCAGUCAGCUGCAGCCAUGUUGGCCCCUAAACUCCGGCUCCAUGACUUUAAUAACCGGCCAUUUUCAGUGGUGGUGUGGCGGUCAUUGUCUAAAGGUGGGGGCUGACUUAACUUAACUGGCCAAAACCUUCAAAGACUGGACAGGCCAAACCUCCAGCAGCUUGAACACACACCUAACGCCUGUCUGGAGCAAGUGGAAGCUCUGGCAGCGACAAGCCAGUAAAACUCGUGAGAUCAUUGUUUAUACCUGUCGAUGUCUGCACUUCAGUUUAUGCUGAAAAGAGUCUGGGUGAGACCCUGGAUGGAGAGACGUGGACGACGCUGCCUGUGGGGCGACAGGUGUACAGGUGUUUGAACUGAUGGUAAUGUUGGAGAGGCGUUCAUUCUCAUGACACAGUUCAGUCAGUGUUUCGUCCACUCAGUUGUCCAGUGCACUUUAACCUCUACAGCCCUUUUGAAAAUCACCAUUCAAGAAACUUUAUGGUUAACGUACAGACAUGUUUAAAUAAAUCGUUAUGGGAACGAGUGGCAGUGGCCGGUUCUUAAACUAUAAGAUUAGAUCUUUACAUGACACAAGCUACACAGUUUUAUCUGACGACUAACCCAGACCCAGCAGUUACGUGUGUGUCCACCUUAAGACAGAGGAGAACAGUGUGAACACAGUGUGCUGUCGUGAACUGACCCGUCACGCCAGCUAGUCGACUCAUCCGCCAAUCAUCUGUAUUUAGACCUGCCAUCGCCGCUCUGAGUGACAGCAAUCCAGAACCGAGGCUGCGUUCACGCCACAAACUGCUGCUCACGUCACAUUCGUUUCAGGAUGACGGACACCAACAUGAACUGACAGCGAUGAAGAAAACAUUUAACGGGCUUGGGAAGGUUCAGUUCUCACCUGACCAUGACACUCCAGUGCAUUCUGGGUCUGCCCCACUGUUUCGUCCCAGUCGAGCGCAAGUCAGAGACCUGUCAAUGACACGGGGACACGCACAUAUUUGAAGGCACAGCACACAAUAUGAAGCUUCAUGUUUGAUUUGAUUUGAUUUGAUUUCUUCUUUCAAACAUGUAACAACAAUCAAUAUGUCAACACACAUA